AUGAUGGACAUGCAUUUUAUCGCGUUCAGUGUCCCGCGUGAUGCGACAAGCACAUCGCACAAACAUACGGAGGCUUCUGAGACGUCGGGUAGCGUUUUACCGCCUGAUGCUCGAGCUGUUGGAAGUCGCCCCGGUGUUGCCAUGCCGAUCCCCUUGUCUCUCGCGCCAGGCUCACAGCGUCCAUCGGCAUCCACCAGUACACCCAGCGUGGAACUGACUGAUACCACCUCUGAUCCAUUCGGAGUGUCCUCCGCCCUAUCCACCCCCUCAUCAUCUUUGGGACCUCGUCAGGCAGCGUAUUCCAGCGCCGUACACAAUGCAUGUGCUCAUGCCAUGUCAAUCCAUGGGUGUGUCAUCCAUGCAGCUUCGACGGUACCGCCACUUAAUGGGGAUACGGAUGGCGUCACUUCCAACUCUGCCGUGCGGAUAGCACCUGUCAGUGCCUCGCCUAAAUCGACUCAAAGCCCCAAAGCACCGCUCUCUUUAGGAACAAGUGCAGCUUCGUCUGAUACUUUGAUCCAACCUAGUCCUACACCAAUCCUGGACCCUGCUCUUCCGCGUUUUAGUAUAAGCAUGUGUGGUACCGAGACGCAGGUGAAUGAUGCGCGAGGCCUUUUGAUCCAAACGCUUCCUUUUACAUGGCGUCUUGAAAUCUUUUUGGAGUCAUCCGAUAUAAUGCAACCUGGUCGUGACGUGGUUCAACCAGCUAUCCGCUCGCGUUUGGACCAGAUCAUGCAAGAAUCUGGCACAUUGCUGCAAAUUGAGCCUGUCGAUGCAGCCUCCGCAGACGGAAAGCCAGCGACAGACACCCAAUCGCAAGUGUCCCUGGUUAUUUCGGGUGGCAUCGAACCUAUUGAGUAUGCCCGUGUCCAGGUCCUCAUCAUGCUGGACGAACUCAACAAUCUUUAUAUUGAUACCAUCGACAUGGACAGCAAAACCUUGCAUGUGAAUGCAGGUCGUAAACGAUCUACCAUCCAGUCGAUUGAGCGCGAGUCCGGUGCCAACAUUUACAUACCCUCUCCCUUCUUUGGCGUGCUACAAAGCGCCGUGCCACCCAAGGUGCAAGAACGCCGACACACAGUAUAUGUAACAGGACCACCACAGGCUGUAUCAAGAGCUCGUGAAAUGCUCCAGGCACUCUCGAAGAAGAGCCGUAACCAAGUCAAACGCCAAGUCACUUUGAUGCCACGCAAGCUAGAUUGGCUUCUGCUUGAGCGCCUUGAGGCUCUUCGUGAGGUUAUGUUGGACAACAGUACAUUCCUUGAGCUUCCAUUGAUUGGAAGUCAGCGUGGUCAGGUCACUGUGCAUGGUACUUCUCGCGUGGACGUUGAACGCAGCAUCCGCAUCCUGAUGCAGCUCGUUUCUCCGUGUUAUGUGGCCUCAUUAUGGCUUCUCUCCAGUGUGUUGGAUUCUUUGGGUCUUUCAAAAGGUGAUACCAGAGCCAUGGCUACGCUUUUGUCAUCGGCAAGUGCUGCAUCUGGUGCUGAAGUAUGCUUUCAAGGUAACUGCGUUGAGAUUUACGGCACGGAUGCAGAAGUUCGCUCUUGUCUAAGUUUUUUCCUCCGACAGUCAGCUAUCAAGCACUACACGAGCGAGGUGCGAUUUCAAUUGGAAUUGGCCACCGACCACCGUGAGUUUAUUAGUGGCAAGAAGAAUGGCAAAAUCAACAAAAUUAUGGAAGGCUGUGGCGUUCGAAUCCGUUUUGAGCCAUUUAAUGACUACAACUUCCUUAUCGAGGUGCAUGGUCGUGAGCCAGAGGCCACACUUCAAGGUCUUGGUCAGCUGCAAGAAGAAUUGCCCGCCGAAAUGUCGUUUUAUGUUCCAGAAGCUUACCAUAAGCGCAUUAUUGGCGUCGGUGGCAAAAACAUUCAGCGUAUUAUGAAGAAGUUUGGCGUGUAUGUGAAAUUUUCCAACGCGGAAGAAUUUGCUGCCCUCGGUGGAUACAUCGAUAAUGAUGAUAAUGUGAUUGCACGGACGCCGUCCAAGAAUGCCCCUAAUUUGGAAAAUUUGAAGAACUCGGUUAUGGAGCUUGUGGGGCCGAAAGAUAAGGACUUCGUAACGGAAGUGGUAAGUGUGCCACGCAAGUAUCAUCGUAUCUUGCUGAGUGAGAAAAGCGAGGUUUUGGACGACAUUGGGCACCGUACGCGAUGCUCUAUCCGGUUUGCACGCAAGGAGUCGGCACUCGAUAAAGUGUUCGUCGUCGGUCCAGAGUCCCAAACAGUCGCAGCUGUGCAGAUGUUGUUACAGCAUGUUCCGCUGGAAGCAGACUAUUUCGUCAGUCACUCGAACGAGCUUUCCAAACUGCUCGAGUCUCCAGAAUAUGAGGCAUUGGUUGAGCGCCUGCAGAAGGAGAUGAAUGUGUCACUCAGCUUAGCAAAAUCAAAGAACACAUUGGCGGAAUCAUCAUUUUCAUUGCGUUUGAACCGUUCCGAUAUGGAAAUGUUGCCUUUAGCAAAGAAUGCGCUGGAAGAACUAUGCACUAAGCACCAUGUCAUGUUGCACACAACAUGUUCGCCCAUUGAUGAUGUGCCCUACAGUUUCAUCCCGCCUUUCUCAACAUCGCACUUGUCACCACCUAGGGCAAUGGCCGACAGCAAUGUCGAUCCAACGAUGCCAUCUUCUGUGGGAAUGCGAUACGAUGAUGCUCCGCCGCGUCCUUCAGCUUCAAACAAGAAUCUCAAGGCAUUAUUUGAGCAAUCGACCAUGCCGCCUUCGAUGCCAUUCGAAGGAGCAAGUGCGAAUACCCCUCUUGUAUCGCCAUUUUAUACCCCUGGCUAUACUGAUAGCUCUGCGCUAUCAGCACAGGUCUGGGGUGCGCCGAUUCCAUCUUUGCAGGACAUGGGAGGCCAUGCAUCGAAAUCUAAUGUAUUUGGCGCAUUUUCGCCUGCACCGAUACCAUUUUCGUUUUCCCCAACUGAAUCAAUGGUCAAGGGACCAGAAAUGAGCCGCGCUUCAGUGGGGGCUCCAUUUCCAUCCGCCCAAAACCAUCUCUUGAACCCUGAUGGGAUGAGCAGCAGCCUUUCGAGUGGCAUGGAUGUUAACACGUUCGCAUCGCAUCCAUUAUCUCGGACUAGUAUGGGCAUGCUCGGCACGGAUAUGGACGACGGCAUUGACGGAUUCCAUCCUCUUAGUGAUCCAACUCCGAGAUCGAAUCUUUCCAUGCGUAGUGUCCCCCCAUCCACUUCAUCAAUGCCAAGAGGAUCGAGUAUGCACAUGCCACGUACUUCAUCUUCACAAGGAGCUGCUAACGAUACCAUGGAUGAAGUAUCGCGUGUGCUUGCCCAAAUUGCAUUUGACAAACAAUAG